AUGAUGGAACAUUCAAAGCAUUGGGUAUCUCUGUACAUCAUAAUCGUUUUGCCGUGUUUUCAAUGUUCAAAGACUAAUUUCAUUGAAUCGCAAGAGCCAGUUUACGAUAUCAAAAUUGAUGAAGUUCCGUUGGGAUUCGCUAAAGAUGGUUCACAAGUUCUCUCCGAGGAUGAAUUUGACAGCAGCAAAGUGCUUGAAAAAGGAAAGAAUAAUCUAGUGAUGACAAGUCAAUAUGGACAAAAAUUUAUUUGUACUCUACCCGCUCCACCGAAGAAAAAAGAGGAGAAGGAGGGGUCUCAUGAACAGGAAAAUUUGCCUCCUAACACCAUAGCCAAAAUUGUAUCUGCUGGAUUCUACACAAAGAAGUGUACAAAUAGAGAAUUUUUAUGGUGGACUUAUGAAGUUUGUUACGGGUCGGAGAUUAAACAGUAUCAUGUUGAAGCAGCGGGCACCGUCACAAGUACGGUUUCUCUCGGGUUCUUUUCAAAAAAUAUGGAAAUACCUACCUUUAAGCCUAACUAUGAUCGACCUCUUUAUUUUGAACAGCAAUACUCAAAUGGUACAUUAUGUGAUUUAACAGGGAAACCAAGACGGACUGUUGUAAGGUACUUUUGUGAACAGUUACUGGCGACUAAUGAAGUUUUCAUUGACGAGGUUGACGAGUCCUCAACUUGUGAAUAUGUCAUAAAUGUUAAAACUGGUUCAUUAUGCAAAUUGAGCUCUUUCUUACCGGUCGGUCGAAAUCAAGAAAUUAUGGAUGUAAAGUGCAGACCUUGGUUACAAGGAGAACAAGUCUCCAUUUUUAUUGCAGAAAAGGAAAACGAGCGGUUAGAAAAGGAGGCUAAGAACCAGGCAGCCGAUUUUCUCUUUAGAAAGGCAACAAGUAUUCAGAAACAGCGCUACAGCAGGAAACGUUUAGCGUUGAAAAAUUCAAGAGCUGCUAAGAAAGCAGCGUUGAUUGACAAACGUUUGAAAGGAUUAUACGAAUCUUAUGUAAAGGAAGCAUGGCGUUUGAAUAGUGAAUCUUCUUCACCGCAGAUGGGUAUCACUAAAAUCGUGCUAGAUUACUUUGGCGAUGCUGAAGAGGCGUAUCACAGUACGAAGGAUCAGGAGCAUGGUGACUUAUAUUGGUACUUCCACGACCCCUUUUGGGACAAAUCAUUUUUUCCACCAACGUUUGGCUACGUUCGGGCUCUUAACAAGUUUGAGCAAUUAGAGGUCAAUGAUGGGAAUCUUCUGAAGAAAAUUGGUGACAGAAGCGAUCGGAAUGCGUUCAUUCAGUUUCUUCACAAAGUGGAGAAAGGAAUUAUUACAGAGGCUGAUCUUAGUAACCUACUUGGGCCACUCUCUACUGUUUUUCAGGAGGACCGUAUUCCAACAGUUGAAAAUUCCUUCAAGAUUGGAGUCGGAGAUGAUGGCAGCGUUCUUCACUCAGCGUUUCAGAAACGUUUUGUUGAGGAUCGUCUGAGAUUAUUUGAAAAUAGAGUGAUAAAAUCAAUAGUCGGUGGUGACCGUUUUGCACCACAAGUUGUAAUGAGCAAAGUUGCUAGGGAUUUGCUAUCUUUGAAAAACUUGGUAAUGAAGCAAGAACGAUUUUAUAAGCAUAAAAGUGACGAUUCAUCACGAAUUCUGGUCUCUUACGAUACUGUAGAGAAGGUUUUCACGUUAUAUCAGGAUGCGUACAACCGUGCAAUCAGAAGGUUUGAUUGUGGGGAUUAUCAUAUUGAUUCUAGUGGGGAUGUCGUUGAUGGACCUGUUAUCCAGAAAAAGGUUUUCGAAGUAAAAGAUAUGAAGCCGGAAAAUAUAAAUCUGUUGUACUAUGAUGAGUUGGCUCACGAGCUUCAUGAAGUUUUCCCGGCAAGUGAAUCCGGAACCGCGUGGGAAGAGAAUAGGGCGCAGAGUCGGAUGGUGAGGAGGGCAAAACGACAUAAUUUACGUGAAUUAGUUGAGAUUUACUUCCGUAAAGGCACUGAUGAGGUGCUACCAAAAGAAAACUUUUCCCGGUCACUUUUCAACAAGAAUGUUGAGGGAAUCAAAGCUGUCAAGGGUCUUUUGAAAUCGCUUUUGAAAGACUCCGGAUUUUCAGAAGCUGACAUAACAAUUCAUGUCGUAACUUCUGAUGGUGAAAUAUUGGGCACGAGCGCUGAUGACUCAAGGGUAUCAAACUGGAUAAAGGCUCUGCUGGAGGAGCAGGCGAAAAUAAAUGAUGAGGUAGACAAGUAUCAGCUUCUUGAUAAAGCAUACUCGUUUGGGACUUCAAAAGAAGAAAAAGAUGCUCGUGGCUCCGGAAAAGAAACGAGACGCUCAGAUUUACCUAUAAUACGUGAAGUUUUAUGA